AUGCCUCGAACUAGUAAGCAACAACUUCAUGCUGGCCCUGUCACCCGCGAUGACGACUUUUUCUACGAUGACGGCGCUGGCUUCUACUUGAAGUUGAAGGGCGAUGAUCGUUGCUACCAACGAGCAGCUCCGAAGCAACUGUACUCACAAAUCACUCGCUUUGCCGGUGAAGAGGAUGAGUCUGUAGGGUACUAUAAGGCUCAACUCAGACAUUAUGGCUUGACACCCAAGAGGACGAGACCGGAGAUGAAGAAAGUACUCUUAGCUGCAUUCGGCAAGGCGCGGGAAAUUGGGGUGCCCCGAGAGCUGCAGGACCUGCAACGUGAUCUGGAGAGACUCUGGAACUUUCGAGAUGAAGGGGAUCAGGGUGCUACGUCGACGAAGACGACCCCUGCGCGCAAGAGAAAGGCGGUAGAAGGUCCGAGCAAGGCCGCGCAGAAGAAAGCAAGGCCAAGUGGGAGUGAUAAAAAGUUUUCUGCUCAGGACUUCGAGGGACCGUUUACGCUCAACUCGAAAGCUAUGGAGGAUAAAUGGGACGCGGCACCUGGAAAUCUCAAGAUAUACCUGGCUGCUUCUGAAGGAACUGGAAGACAUCUAUGGGGCAGUUUUGAGUUUGGUCUUCUUCAUGGCAACAUCCGUGGCGGUCCGCUUCCGAAGUCUAUCGGUGAUACUGUCACGUUCACUUGGAGGGGACGCGACAGGGAAGAAGGCCGCAUGCUACAUUCAUGGAGCAACGAGGGAACGCUUACGUUCCUGGAGAACGGGAAAAUCCGCGGUACUUUCAAGAAAGCGGCGUCGAAGAGGGAGCUCACCUUCUCCGGCGUUCGCGACGAGCAAUCGGGUAGCCGUCCGAUCAAAUGGGCUUUACACGUCUCAAGGUGGAAGGAGGAGUGGCGGGGCAUCAAUGAACGCGCGGAUAGUGCUGCGAAGAAAGCUCAACACGGUCUUUGGAGCAGAAAUGCCGGCUAA